CGCAGAUCGGCAGUGGAGGAAAACGCCCGCGGAAUGGCACUUGUCUGACCUGCCAGCCAACAAACAACCCCACUCAUUUCUACACACCACCACCACAACCACUAUAACCAUGGCCGACGUCCUGCCCCCCUCGCGCAACGCCCCGAAUCCCCUCAGACCCUACUACAUCCCGCCCUCCAUCGGCCCGCCGCCCGACAUCCCCCAGCCGCAGGCCCAGACUGCCGCUCCGCUGCCCGCGUACAGCAGCUCCCGCACGCCGCCAAAACCGAGCUUGGGCAGCCAGGCACGAGAUAUAUUGUCCGAUAUCGACUAUGAUUCCUACUUCCCCGAUGCGACGCCGACCGUGGCCGAGCACGCCAAGAAGCUGCUCGACCAGGCACUGUGGAAUUAUACCAGCGUCCUGCUAGCACAGCCGUUCGAGGUCGCCAAGACGAUACUGCAGGUGCACGAGGCGCGGGGCGAGGUGCCGGGGCAGCGCGCGGGUAGUGAGGAGUGGGGCGCGAGGAGCAGGCCGCAGAGCAUGGCGAGUGGGAAGUUCGAAGAUUACCCCUCGGAGGAAGAGUCGGACGAGGACUCACCGGGCUACUUUACCUCGACGGCGCCGCCUGUCGGCCCGGCAUACUCGCCUGGUGUAACGAGAUCAGGCUCGCCGGAGAAGCGGAGGAGACAGGGUCUCACGCCUAACCAGCGCUCACGCUCACGCUCCUCCACACCGAUACGCCCCCUCCAUCCGCCAUCGUCGUCACGCAAGCUGGACCUCAAGAAGCCAGACGCCCUCCUCGAAGUCAUCGCCCAGCUCUGGCAGAAGGAGUCGGCGUGGGGCGUGUGGAAGGGCACAAACGCAACCUUCAUCUACAACUUCCUGCUCAAGACGACCGAGAGCUGGUUCCGCAGUCUGAUCUCAGCGCUGCUCAAUGUGCCAGACCCAGGCCUAAUCGGCACAGCAGCAAGCGGCAUAGGCGGUCUGGACAUCGUCGACAGCCCCAGCCCGCUCGUCUCCCUCGGUGUCGCCGUAACAGCCACCGCCAUCGCCGCCACCCUCCUCGCCCCCCUCGACCUAAUCCGCACACGCCUCGUCAUCGCCCCCAUCACCUCACAGCCCCGCUCCAUCUACCCCUGCCUCGCGCUCCUCCCCUCCUUCACAAUCCCCACCGACCUAAUCCCCGCAACCCUCCUCCACGCCUGCAUCCCAACCCUCAUCUCCUCGGCAACCCCCCUCUUCCUCCGCUCCUCCUUCGCAAUAGACCCCCUCCUCACCCCAACCGCAUACUCCCUCUCCACCUUCCUCUCCUCAACAGCGGAACUCUUCGCUCGCCUCCCCCUCGAAACUGUCCUCCGCCGCGGCCAGGUCGCUGUCCUACAUGACCAGGAAUCUCAACGCUAUGUCCCCCCCGCACAAACACCUACAUAUCUAUCUCAAUCUCAACCACCCACGCCAAGCAGCCUCCGCAGCCCCGCAUACGACAUCACAGGCGAAGACCAGAACGCCCCCUCCAACACCAAAGCAAAAGCGUUUGAUACCGUCGUCGACCCCGGGCCCUGGAAAGGCGUGUUUGGCACGAUGUGGUUUAUCGUUCGCGACGAGGGCGUUACGCUUGAAGGGCCGAGUGCGGCGAAGGCGGCGAGUGCGAAGGCGGCGGGGUUCUCGAGGCCGAUGAGGACGAGGAAGGGGCAGGGUGUUCAUGGGCUUUGGAGGGGGUGGAGGGUGGGGGUCUGGGGACUGGUUGGGAUUUGGGGGGCUGCUGCUAUGGGGGGUGGGGGGGGGGAGUUUUAA